UCUGUAAAACUGUUCAGGGAAUAUCUAUCAGCCAAAAAUUACGCCAUGGACUUUGAAAAUUUCACACAGGAUGAUAUGGACUCGAAGCUGUCAAGUUUCUAUGUGGAAAUGAGAAACAAGAAUGGUGACAUGUAUAAGAAGUCAACGCUCAUUUCUUACAGGCACGGGUUGCAACGACACCUUGAAAAGUGUAGAUCUGACAAUAUAGAUAUCACAAAUCACAACAUCUUUCGAAAAUCCUCGCAGGCAUUCAAAGGGAUGUCUAAGGAGCUAAAACGCCAGGGACUAGCCGCUGUCAACCACCACCCACCUGUAAGCGAUGGAGAUUUAAAAAAUCUCUAUCAUUACCUUCUCCAGGGCAAUUUGGAAGAUGCCCAACUAUUGCAAUAUAAGGUGUUUAUCGACCUGAUGUUGCAUUUUGGGAGGCGAAGGAGAAAGAAUCUUGCUACCCUGACACGACAAGAUUUUGCUGUAGGCCGAGACGAUGAGGGCGCUUUGUAUGUAUACAAGACCACAGACGAACUGACAAAAAAUCACCAGGAUGAUUCACAAAAAUCUUACAGAUGGAAGAAUGUAUGA